AGUAAACCAAAUCAUAUAAACAUGCGACUAACUCUUCAUAAACUAAACAAUUUCACUAAUAAACCAAUCCAGAAUCCUUAUGGCCUCAAGGAAUGGUUAUGACUCUCCCUACCUGCAACGUGGAUUUUAGCACCUCUUCGGUAUUUCGAAAGGCCUAAAGAACACUACGUAUCACCCUUUUAAUUUUCGUUUCUCCAGCCGACAUAGCUAAUAUGAUGUCUAUCUCAGGAUAAACUGCUCUCUUUUACAAGCUUGAAUUUGCGUUUGAUAUUGUCGAAGGUUAACGGAGAAAAAGAAUGUUUGAAUGACCUUAAAUUCCUGGAUUGCCUUGAAUUACUAAGUUCCUAGAGGCGAGCAUUCAUCCCAUAAUGUAAAUCACCACAUAUGGAAUAUGGCUCCCGUCUCAGCCUCACAUCACAUCUUUCCAAUACAUUUUCUAUACGUUUCCCACCAUUUUUCUGGUAUUUCUGCACUUACACAUUCCGUUAAAUUCAAAUUGAGAAGACCCAAAAAAUAUCCAUUGCAUAAUUGCCAUCUACACUUAAAUUAUUCUGAUGAUUACAGUUACAUUUCUCACUUUGCUCACAGAAAAAAAUUGGAGGUAUACCCAUUUCAUUUCUUUCCUUCGAAGGGGAAUUUUAGGCUAAAUUGUAGUUUAAAACCAGCUGACUCAGUGGCAGAAAAUGUGGAAAUUCAGAACGGCAAUGAUCAACAUUCGGAAGAAGGGAAUCCCAAAAAGGAGUCUCAGUCCAUUGAAAAUAUUGCAUUGGCAAUUGAAGAGUUUUUGCCUCCAGAAGGUUUUAUAGUGGCUGUUGCAUGCAUUGUGGGUCUCCUGACAGGCAUUGCUGUUGUCCUCUUCAAUCUUGCGGUCCAUGAAAUACGUGACUUAUUUUGGGAUGGAAUUCCUUCUUCAGGUGCCUCAUGGUUGCGAGAUCAAACCCUCGAACAAAAGUGGAAAAUUAUUCUAUUUACACCAGCUUGUGGAGGUGUAGUAGUUGCUAUUUUGAAUACACUAAGAAAUAGCCUUGAAACUUCUUCGGCAGCGAUUCACAUGUCUGAUAUUAAGGCAUCUUUCAGGUCAUUUCUAAAGACUGCAGCUGCUACUGUCACCCUUGGUACAGGCAACUCACUAGGUCCAGAGGGACCAAGUGUUGAAAUAGGUGCAUCAAUAGCAAAUGGGGUGGGAAAGGUAUUGCGAGGUAGUCAGGGAACCAAGUUAUCUCUGGUGGCUGCAGGAUCUGCUGCUGGAAUUUCCUCAGGUUUUAAUGCACCUGUGGCUGGAUGCUUUUUUGCUGUGGAGUCAGUUUUAUGGCCAUCAUCAGCAGAUUUGUCUAUUUCACUCACAAAUACAACCUCAAUGGUAAUACUUAGUGCUGUGAUUGCAUCUGUAAUUUCACAAGCCGGCCUUGGUUCAGAUCCAGCUUUUACAAUUCCCACAUUUGAGUUCCGUUCUCCAGCAGAGCUUCCAUUGUAUGUACUACUGGGGAUGCUAUCAGGAUUGGUUUCAGUAGCAUUAACUAAGAGCACAACAUAUGCCAUGAUGGCUGCAGAUGCGCUGUUGAAAAUGACAGGAGUUCCAGCUGCAUUUUUGCCACCUUUAGGAGGCAUUUCUGUGGGUUUGAUAGCACUAGCAUAUCCUGAAGUUCUUUACUGGGGAUUUGAAAAUGUUGACAUCCUGCUGGAAUCACAACCAUUCAUAAAGCGCCCUCCUGUUGAUCUAUUGCUCCAGUUGGUUGGGGCAAAAAUACUAGCAACAUCUCUAAGCCGUGCAUCAGGACUUGUGGGAGGGUACUAUGCCCCUUCCCUUUUUAUUGGUGCAGCUAUAGGCUCUGCGUAUGGGAAACUUGCCAGCUAUGCUGUGAGCCAUGCAGACCCAAUGCUUCACCUGGAUGCAUUAGAAGUAGCAUCGCCUCAAGCAUAUGCAUUGGUAGGAAUGGCUGCCAUGCUUGCUGGUGUUUGCCAAGUCCCUUUAACUUCAGUUUUGCUGCUAUUUGAGCUGACGCGUGACUAUCUAAUAAUAAUUCCUUUGAUGGCAGCUGUAGGUUUUUCUUCUUGGAUUUCAUCAUCAUUUAUGAAAGAAAAGACCAAGAAACUGAAUGUCAAGAAACCAGCAUCUUUCAAAUUCCAUAAAAAAGAUAAGGAAGAAUUUCAGAACAAAAAGCUAUUAAAUGUCUCUCAAAAACCUAUUAGCAUUCAAUCUAAUUUACUCAAUGUGGUUCAGUCCUAUCCAAUUUCAAAGGACAAAUUUCUGUCUACAAGCAACCUAUGCGAACUUGAAAGUUCCCUAUGUGUAGCAAAUCAAGAUUUCAAAGUGGAACAGUUGGAAGAACUGAUUCCUGUUGUGGCAGCAAUGCGAACCCACUAUGUAACUGUCUCUCAGCAAACUUCUUUACAAGAAGCAGUGUUGCUUAUUCUUGCUGAGAAAGAAUGGUGUGCAUUGGUUGUAGAUGGUAAUGGUUACUUGAAAGGAAUUUUGACACUCGGAGAUAUCCAAAAAUAUGGUGAAAUGGCAAGGGCAAAUGACAAGCCUGUUGAGAUGGGAGCAAUAUCAGUUUCUGAAGUAUGUUCUUGGGAUGGUGGAGGUAUAGGCAGGGAAUUGCUUACUGUAUUCCCUCAUACAACACUUAAAGCAGCCCAGCAGCUCAUGUCUAUUCGUGGUUUACGCCAAUUACCUGUUGUGACAGAAGCUGCUUCUGAAAUGAAUGAAAUGGGACCUUUGGUUGGACUUUUGGACAGGGAGUGCAUCAAUCUGGCUUGCAGAGCCGAAAUUACAAAGAGGCUUCUGGGUCUAUCAAGCUUCAUCGAGGAUUCUGAGACCAAAUAAUUUUCCUCCAAGAAUUCUGAGAACAGAUAUCUGAUUGUACAUACAUGGCACAAUGAGAUGUGGAGAAUCUACAUUGUUGAUGACCAAAAGUUGUCAUCAUAUAACUAUUUAAUAUAUAUUUAAGUUGUGGAAAAAAUUGUUUAAUAUUCCUUUAAAUUUUUCUUUUAUGUUUUGCUAAAUUGUAUGUUUUAACCAUAUAUAACUUGUUAAGCUGGAAUUUAACCCCCCUCUUACCAUACAAAAAAAACUCAUGUAGUAUCCACUUCCAAUUGCACACAAUGCCCUUUCAACAAGCUUAUUUCAAUACUUUUCUAUGGCAAUGGUGCCUUCGCAAAAUAAAUAUUGCACAAACACUGAAGCAAAUUCAAGUGGA